AUGAACACGCAGCUGCAACUCAAAGCUAUGGCCCUUCUGAUUGCUCUCCUCCUCAAUGCUGGCGAGGCAGAAAGAAGGGAUAUGAUGGACUACCUAGGGGAGAAGAACCUCCGGCAGUUUAUCCACAAGAACAUUGUCCAUGCUUCGGACCCAAUUGCGGAUGAGAUGGCUCACUACCUCUACGUCCUGCAGUCCCUCACACUCAACCUCCUGGAGCGUCGAAUGAGGGCCCCCAUGGAUCCCUAUUCUCAGGAACAACGGGACCUCCUCCAGUCUUUGCGCCAUGCUGCCUUUGUGUCUGAGAACGAGUCGUCCGCUGGCAGCUAUAACACUGAGCGUCGGCACUCGCUUUGCGCGAAAGAAUUCCGCAAGCUGGGCUUUGUGAAUAACAGUAACCCUGCGUUGGAUCUGCACCGAACUCCUCCAGGGUUGCUUGCCCUGGACAGCAUGGUUUAUUUCUCCAGGCAUUACCCAAAUGUAUACAGCAGGUUUAUUCUGGAGAACAGCAGUCGAGAAGAUAAACACGAAUGCCCGUUUGCUCGGAGCAGCAUCCAACUGUGUUUUAUGCUGUGUGAGAUUCUUCAUGUAGGGGAGACAUGCUCAGAGACAGCCCAGGCCUUCUACCCCAUGUUCUUUGGCCAAGAACACUUCUUUGAGGAGGUUUUCUGUAUUUGCAUCCAGCUGUUGAAUAAGACCUGGAAGGAGAUGCGAGCGACUCAAGAGGAUUUUGACAAGGUGAUGCAAGUGGUUCGGGAGCAGAUCACCCGAACCCUGGCCGUGAAGCCUACUUCGCUGGAGCUCUUCAAGGGCCGAGUAAACAUCCUCAACUACAGUGAGAUCCUGCGUCUCCGGCAGACAGAACGCAUGCAUCAAGAGGAGAUUCUACCUGUCCCUGUCUUGGAAUUGAAGGAGCGGCUGAAACCCGAACUCAUCAAGUUAAUCCAGCAGCAGAGACUCCUGCAUCUUUGCGAAGGGACGCUUUUCCGCAAAAUUAGUAGCCGCCGUCGGCAAGAUAAGCUCUGGUACUGCCGCCUUUCUCCCAACCAUAAAUUUCUCCAUUAUGGAGAUGUCGAAGAAGGUGUCGAAAGCCCACCAAUAGAGAGCCUGCAGGAGAAAGUGUCUGUGACUGACAUGAAAGCGUUGCUGGUGGGCCGGGAAUGCCCCCACACCAAGGAAAAGAGUUCAGGCAAGCAGAAUAAGGAUCUUCUCGACCUGGCAUUUUCCAUAAGUUACGACGUUGGAGAGCACCUGAAUUUCAUCGCCUCAACACGUUAUGAGUUCUGCUUGUGGACUGAUGGGCUGAACGUGCUUCUCGGCCGGGAGAUGAUCAGCGAAAGGAUGCAGACCGACCUGGAUAUCUUGCUGUCCAUGGAGCUCAAAUUGCGACUAUUGGAUCUGGAGAACAUUACCAUUCCGGAUGCCCCACCCGACAUCCCAAAGCCUCCCAGCAACUUAAAUUUCUGCUACGACUUUACCCAUAUCGAACAGUAAGGCCUGUCCUUAGCACACAGUGCUCCCCACCCACCCACCCACCCACCUAAAGCAGGGUCUGAACACCACUCUAUAAAUUCACGGGCUUGGAUCUGUUCUGACCCAAACCUUGUUCCAAGGAAACAAACACGAAACAGAGGUAACAGCAAA